AUGGCAGCAAUUGCAGCAUACAGGCAUCUGCUCCGCGCAGCCCGCAUUGCCUUUCAGGGAGACCAACCGAUCUUGAACGCAGCGCGCGCCCAAAUUCGUACUGGCUUUCGCGAGAAUGCAUCUCUAGACCCCAAGAGCCCCGAGAUUGAUGGCCACAUUAAACACGCCGAAGACGUGGCAACGAUACUGCGAGAGAAUGUUGUACAAGGCAGAAGGAGUGGCGACAAGUAUAAGUUGAGGAUACACGAGCACACGGAACGCGGCGACAACGAUACAGUCAAGAUGGCAGGAGGAAAGACGGUCAAGAUCGGUGGUGGCUGCUGCUCCAGCUAA